AUCAGUUUAACAAGUAUCAAGGUAAACUGUGAUCAAGGUAAAUUGUGAUAAUAUACGAACCAGGAAGGAAAAUAUCAAAGUCCAAAAAAUCUAAAAUGGCCACACCUACAAAAGACACAGAACUAUUCGAUGAUUUAUUAACAUGUACCAUUUGUCUAGAGACUUUCAAAGUUCCGAAGUAUCUACCAUGUCUUCAUACGUUCUGUGAAACAUGUAUUGACACAUACAUUGUGUCAUCGAAGGAAAAGGACAAUACUUCCGAGGGAUUUAGACGUCCAGUGUGUCGAGUUUCUGUGUCAUUUAAAGGAACACAGGAAAAACCAGAAGCUUGGGCAUCAAAGCUACCAAGGAACCAUUUUGUUACGUCGAUGUUGGACAAGCGAGCGAUUCAAAGGUCUGAAAAAAUGUGUAAUUCAUGUCAGGUGAAAAAUCAGACUAGGGAAGCCAGUUAUUGGUGUACCACGUGCGAGGAGGCGUUUUGUGGACAGUGCGAAGAAUAUCACAAAUCAUUCAAGAUAAAAUCAAAACAUACAGUUAUUGCCGUUCAAGAAAUUCAGUCGGACCUAUCUGGUUUUCAGUUAUCUGAGGCAUUGAGUUGCGAAGAACACACAGAAAAGAUCGUAGAAGUUUUCUGUGUGGAUCAUUCGAAGCCUUGCUGUACAUUGUGCUCAACACUAACACAUAGGAAAUGUGACAACGUAAUAUCGAUUCAAAAAGCUGCAAGUGAUAUCAAGCAGUCCAAUCAAACCACCGAAUUGGUUUGGAAACUGAAGGAAAAAGGUAAGGAAUUCAAUGAAAUAGUUCAAAAUCGAAAGCAGUCCUUGGACAAUAUUCAAACUGAAUAUGAAAAUAUUCUCCAAGAAAUAUCAAAACUAAAAGAAAGAGCUAUUGAACAUCUAAAUAAAAUAGAAGAUCAAAUAAAAUUUGAAAUGUCUUCAUCAAAAAAGGAAGUCGACAUAAAACUGACCGAUGAAAUUGACAAAUUUUCAAAUUAUAAAAGCAUGGUCAAUAAUUGGGAAAGAUUGCUCAUUGGUACUAUUAAACGGGGAUCUGACCAACAAUGUCUAUUGGAAGUGAACAAAAUUGGUUCAAAAUUAACUACACUCGAAGAAGAAAUAAAUGAGACCGUCAAAAGCAUAAAAAAUGUGUCAUUUCGAUUAGUACCAUCUGACCACAUGACAAAAUUUACGAGCAGUACAGAGUCGCUAGGAAGUUUUAAAAUGAAUGAACAGUGCCUGGAAAGAACAAGAAGUACGUUGGUUAAUAAAACUGUCAAUUUUCGCACUGGAGUUAUUAAAGUAGUACGAACCAUUGCUGAAAAAUUAGGACAAGCUAGCGCAAUAUUCGUUCGUGAUUAUGUAGUUUUAACAAGCGGAAAUAAGGAGGUAGUUGAAAAAUACAGUACCGAUGGAAAGUUGCUCUCCUCGUUAAAAGUCAGGUCAUAUCCUACUGAUGUUACUCAAGUUGAUCAGAGUCAAGUCGCUAUAACAUUAUAUUCUCUUUGCGAAAUCCUUAUUGUCGACAGUAUAGACUUACAGUUAUUAAAGACAUUAAAUCUACAUAACAUAAUUGGAUAUGGGUUAUGUUUUGUCGAAAAUGACAAAUUUAUUCUAUCUGUUCCCACAACACUGACAUGGAUGAACUCAUCAUCGGGACAGAAACUAAAAGAAAAGGCAACCUGUGGCUCUUCGUUUUUUGUAUCAACAUCAGACAAGAAAGACUGUAUUUAUGGUGAUGGGAAAAAUUCGGUGUCACGUGUAGUAGGUGAUAUAACCAGUUUUACAUACACGAGUUCGCGUUUGACUGUUCCUAGAGGAAUCGGAAUAGACUUUGAAGGCAAUAUAUACAUAGCUGGACAUAGCUCUUAAAAUAUUCAUCAAAUUAUAAACGAUGGAAAAUUAAUACGGUUGAUUUUAAGUGAAUGUUUGGGAGUACUAUCUCCAUGGACAAUACGUUUCGCUCAAAGCGGCAAUAAAUUUCUUGCCACAUGUCUCCUAUCAGAAAAAGUGAUACUGUGUGAAAUCGAAUGACAGUAGUUCUGUGGUUCUACGGACUCAUUGUUGAUAAUGAACAAUGAGACCAUUGAUCACUAGGAUUGGUAAGCUAUGUAGGUAAUAAACGUUAAAAGAAACAUUUCUAAAUGAAAUUAUUGGCAUGGCAACAAAGAUAAGAUUUAUGUACAUCUAUAAAUUAAUCGUUCCUAUCUUAAAUUAUGAUUUACGUGUUUGUUAUUUAAUUGGAUCAAACGUCUCGCUCUAAUUGACAAUAAGUUCCUUGUCACAUGUUACGCAUCAGGAAAAGUGUUCAUGUGUUAAAUAUAUUGACAAUAGUAAGAUAGUUCUACUUAGUUGUUAUCCAUCGAUUAUGAACAAUAAGUCUAUAUGGGACACUAAGAUUGGUCAGGUAUGUUGUUAUAAACCUGUCUAUGUCGUAGCAGCAUCAACAUGAUUAAUAAGACUAAUGUAGUUUAUCGAACUUAUUGUAUACCGUGCUUUUCAUGUUUACUUCUUAACUGUAUGGAUGGAAGGUAUGAAAUAUAGAAAUAUGAAUUAAUUAUUAAUUCUUACUUGUGUUCAAUAAAUUCA